AGAGCUUCAAGUGGCUGUCAGUGAUCAAGUUGUUAAACAGAAUGUGUCAUCACAUCCAUGCCGGAGGGGAAAUCAUUAAGAAUGUACUGUCAAACUUCGUGCAAUUAUGAUUAUAGAAUAAUAAAAGCCAAUUCCGCCGUCAAAAGACAGUUAUAAUUAGUUUAAAUAUACAUACAUGAGGACUAUAGUCAUUCUAUUCGAGUGUGUUUAUUCUGUUCGCAACUGGUAUAUCAGCUAGCUACACCGCCUUGACUUGGUACAUUCAGGACUUCCGCAACAACAUUGGAGAGGACAUGUGAGACAAAUGAAGAGACUUUGAAUGUGUGGAAUGGAGUGACAACUAGUGACAGAAGUUAGAAGGAGCUGCCCCAUGUUUUCCACCAAUAUGCACGUUGGUCAACGAUGUGUCCGCCUGCUGCGUGGCAGGAUAAUGUCUAUCAUCACCCACCCUUCCACCGACUGUACAGCAGCCCCCCAGCAGCCUCUUGGCGGUCACACAACCACAGUGAAACGCAUGCACAGCAUUCUAGCACAGCACCCAGUCCUUCAUAGUGGUCAUAUAUCCUCACAGACCACAGAAGGAAGGUUAGGAGUUGGAGGCCUCCGUUAUUGUUCUGUUACACAACACAGGUGUCAGGUCAAACAAAGUGACUGCGAAGAACCAGAGGCAAAGAAUGUAAUAAUCUAUGAGCAGGCGCAGGCGCCCAGCAGAAAACUCCCUUUGACUGAAAUGCCAGCUGUGAUUGAUUUGGAGGAUGUCCCAAGCCUCUCAGCUCUUGAAGAAAUCAGCGAUGAGGAGGCAAUUCAGAUCCUGGUGCCUCAAGCCUUACCCCCCAUCUCAUUCUCUCUCAGAGACUACGUUGACCAAUCAGAAACACUCACCAAGCUACUGCAACUAGGUGUAGAUCUAUGGAAACUAGACCAGCGGCGGAAUGUGGGUUCCAUGCUGGUGAGGCUGGACUUCCAAUCAGAUGUGGCUCCUCGGCUGCUCUUCCUCAAGGAUCUGGGGCUGCAGGAUGGCCAGCUGGGGUCCGUGAUCACGACCAAUCCCUUCAUCCUCACAGAGAGCCUGGACAAACUGAAGGCCAGGGUCUCUUAUCUCAAGUCAAAGAAGUUCAGCACAGAGUCAAUAGCCUCUAUGGUUUGUAAAGCCCCAUAUUUGCUGAACUUUAAUGUGAAGAGGCUGGACAAUCGUCUGGGCUUCUACCAAGACAUCUUGGGUCUCAACCCUGGAAAGACACGGGACAUCAUCACUCGUCUCCCCAGACUCCUGUGUAGAAGUCUGGAGCCAGUAAAGGAGAUCCUGAAGGUAUGUGAACUGGAAUUUGGCUUUCGUACAGGUGAAAUACAACACAUGGUCACUGAAGUACCAAAAAUUUUGACAGCAAACAAGACAAAGCUGAGCAAGAUAUUUGAUUACCUUAACACUACCAUGGGCAUUCCCCAUUCUCUUAUUGCCAAGUUCCCACAGGUUCUGAAUUCCCAGUUUUUGCGGAUCAAAGAGAGACACCUGUUCCUGAAGUACCUGGGAAGAGCACAGUAUGACCCAGCAGAACCAAACUAUGUUUCCCUAGAGCGCCUUGUGGCAGUCCCAAAUGAUGUCUUCUGUGUCAGUGUGGCACUUGCCACAGAAGAAGAUUUUGAACGCUUUCAAAAAACUUUGUAGUCCAUUUGUAGAUUUGUCUUGAUCUAUGUAUAUUUCUUCAUUGCAUUGUUUUCAUAAAGCCCCAUAAAAACAAA